AUGGUUCACAGGUUGAUCGCGGAGAGCCAGAACGACAUGGUGACCCCCAGCGACUCCAUGUUGUGGCACCCCAACUCGCAAGGGCACCACAUCUUCAACCUCAACCUGGCGCUGAUCAUCGUCUCCACGCUUCUGAUAGGAUUGAGGUUGUAUGUUCGGAAGACCAUUGUCAGGGCUCUAGGAUGGGACGACCUCAUUGCCAUAGUGGCAUGGGCGCUGUGCUUGACGUUGUCUGCUUUGGAGAUGGACACGACGCAUUAUGGGACCGGCGCCCAGAUCGAGGACGUGCCUAAGCCGAUGCUCUUGCAGUUCUUCAAGAGACUCACCAUCAUGGAGCUCGUGUAUCUCUUGGCCUCAGGAGCCGUGCGGUUGUCGAUCCUCGCAUUCCUCCCCCGCCUCAGCAAGAACAAGGCAUACACAUACACCGUCUACGCCCUCCGCCUCAUCGUAGUCGUCAUAAGCCUAACGGGAUUCUUCUUCGUCCUGACAGAAUGCUCACAAAUCCCCGACUUGUUCAACUACGCAAACACGUGGCGGCAAUGCAAGGACAAGGGCGACGAGGCGAAGCUGAUGCUCGCGCACGCCAUCAUCUGCAUCUUCGUCGACUGCAUGCUCGUCGCCCUGCCCCUGUGGGUGGUCUCGACGUACGUCAAGAUGGGCGUCAAGGCGAUCCAGAUCCUGCUCGUCUUCUCGUUCGGCUUCUUCGCCGUCGCGACGGGCAUCGUCCGGUUCAGCAUCAUCGUCACGACGGACUUUAGCGUGAACACAACAUACAAGAUGCUCUCCGUCGCCGCGUGGACGGACGCCGAGCUCCACGUCGGUCUCUGGGUGGGAUGCUUCCCGGCACUGCAGCCUCUGCUGCGACACGCUUCGUUCGCGCUGGGCCUGCGCAGCCGGCUGGACAGCACGAAACGGAACACCGCCGCCUCGUCGGCGGACGACACGAAGAGGAGGAGCGUUUUGAACCGGUGGUCGGGAUACUUCCGCGGUACGCACUCGGAUGUCGAGGAGCCGCAGAGCCCAGGGGGUACCGUGCAAAACGACAUGGUUGCCGGCCAGCAUGAGGAUGUUGAGAUGCUCGAUUUGGAAAAGGGCAGUGGUCCUCAAAAGACUGAUGUUUCGGUCGAUGUAGAGACGACGCAUGGCGCGUCUAGUCGAGGGUCAGGAGAAGUAGGAGACCCUGAUAAUCUGAGGCAGGAGAGUUGA